UAAGUCAGCAAAGCGCCGUUAUCGUCGCGGAUUUGAAAACAACACAGCCGCACCAGCGACGCGUACAUUGUGCGAACUGACGUCCCCGGGGGCAGUCGCUGCUGUAAAAUCCACCAGUUGGAUAGGAUUGACAUUAACACCAAAGGAACAGUUUCACUAGCAGAAGCGCACAUAAUUUGAGAACCAGACAUGGCCGCUGAAAGGCAGGAGAAACGAGGCGAGGAGGAGACGCAGCCCAGGUUGCCCGACCUCGGCUUUGUGCGCGACAAGCUUCAGAAGUUCCAGUCCAAGAUGCUGACCGACUUCGAGCAGCGGCUGUCCUGCAUGGUAGAGGAUGUGCUGCAGGAUCUGCGACAGCGCGAGUUGCGUGCCCACGAGUUCCCCAACUUCGAGAGAUCCGAUCGGAAGAGCACCUGGCACAAUCGCGUGACCAGUCAAGCGCCAGCAGACGUCAGCGACUCCACAAAUGGCCAUGCAAAUGGCACGCAUCCAAGGCCACCGAUCCAAAGCGAAACAUCCGCUCGUAAGCAGCGACGACAACUGCCCGAAAAAGUGUUCGUUGCCCGGGAAUCGUACCUCACCGCUCUGCUGCAGGUGGAGCACAUGCGCACCAUCUACCACAUCUUUUAUAUUAUUCUGGUCAUGUUCCUGCUGAACGUGAUCUGCUACGAUUACUUUGUUGAUGGCCGCUUCGAUCUGGGACUUGGCACCUUCCGCGGCGGACUGCGCCGCCUCCACUGGGUGAUGGGCGUUUGGCUGCUGGAGCAUGUCUUCGUCCUGGCGCUCUAUUUCGCCUUCCGCGGAUGGGCCUUGGUCAGGCACAAACUGAAACCGCACAGUAGAGUUAAAAGCUCAUAACAUAGCCUUUUGUUGAGGCACUUGACCAGCAAAUUGUGACGACAUCGCCUUUAACAAAGGAAAUUCACUUACCAGUUACUCAUCUCGGUUGAAUUGUACAACGUUUACUUGCGCGUUUGCUCUGAUUGUUAAAAAAAAGCAUUUCCCAUAAAAGUUCUCUCCAGCGCUUUUGGUCGCACAGCUGUCUCAUCCUGUACAUCAGCUCCCAGCUGGUCUUCUGUUUCGUGUCGACUUCGCUGUGCCUCAAGUUCAACCUGCCCUUUGUGAGUGCGUGUAUCCUGUUGCUCGAGAGCACGCGACUGCUGAUGAAGAUGCACGCCUUUGUGAGGUACAAUGCUGAGCGCGUUCUGAAUGGCAAGGCCAAGAAGGAAGAUGCGGAGGAGGAGAAAGAAGGCAGUGAGCGACCCUUUGUGCCGCCGCUGAGCUGUUACACGUACUUUUUGUUUGCACCCACGCUUAUCUACCGAGACAGCUACCCGCGCACCUCCCACAUCCGCUGGAAGUUUGCCCUGAAUCGACUGUUGGAGGUGGUGGCCAUAGCCUUCCUGUACGCGUUCAUCCAUGAGCGGCACAUCCACGAGCACUUCGGACAGUACGGACUGGAACCAAUGGGACCCUCCCAGCUGAUCCUCAAGCUGUUCGGCAUGAUGCUGCCCAGCGCGGUGAUCUUUCUGUGCGGCUUCUACCUAAUCCUGCACUCGUGGCUGAACUUCACGUCGGAGCUGCUACGCUUCGGUGAUCGAAUGUUCUACAAGGACUGGUGGACGUCGCACACUUACGAUGGCUACUACAGAAACUGGAAUGUCGUCGUGCACGACUGGCUGUACGAGUACGUGUACAAGGAUAUGUACACUCAUGUGUUCCGAGGUUCCAAGGUGGCCGCCUCGCUGGCAGUGUUCAUGAUCUCCGCUGUGGUCCAUGAGCAGGUUCUCGGCUUUGCCCUGCAAAUGUUCUUCCCAGUGAUGUUCUUCUUCUUUGGGGUCGUGGGUGUUGCCUUGGUAUUCCUAAUGCGGAGUGCUCCAAAAGUGAUGGGCAACAUCUUUCUGUGGUUCUCUCUGAUCCUGGGAAAUGCCACGCUGAUCUCACUAUACGCCAUGGAGCAUUACGCCCUAAAGAACUGCAACCUAAGCAACGAGAGUUGGACGUAUCGCCUGCUGCCGGCGGUAUGGCGCUGCUACAAUUAGUCAAUUAGUUAAACACUACUUUUAAACUGUCUGUACACAGGGCGUACGCUUCGAUUUGUAUUUUAGGUAAAUAAACUUAAUGAAAUU